UUCGCACCACGAUGGCCUCAGGAGGUGGUGUCGCCCUUCUUCUGGGGCUGCUGGUUCUUGCAGCUGACCUGCCACGUACCUUGUCGCAAGACCGACCUGGCUAUUGCAGGGAACUCCCUCUCCAUUCUACUGACCCCUCUGGCGGGGGCUCCUGCAACCAGUGCAGUUCAGAUGCCAACUGCCCACCAGGCAAGAAGUGCUGUGGUUCGCCCUGUGGCAACACCUGCCAGGCACCUGAGCCAAAUCUCUGCAGACUUCCUCCUGUCACAGGUCCCUGCAAGGCUUUAAUACGGAAACUGUAUUACAACUGGGGGAAGAAGAGGUGUGAGGAAUUCAUCUAUGGGGGCUGCCAGGGCAACCUGAACCGGUUCGACACCCUGGAGAUGUGUCAGAAAGCCUGUAGGGGUCAAGGUGCGCCCUAGAGCAAUGGAGGGAGCAGGUGAGGGUUUGCCCCGUGGGGAAGAAGAUGGAGCAGCACCCAUGGAGCCAUCCUGCUGAGCUCCUUCCUCCCUCCUUCCUGACCCCCAUUUUCCCACCCCUGGGGGGCUAAUGGGCUCCUGGAACA